AUUUAAAAAUAUAUUUGGACCUUGAGCUUGGAGAUGGAUGCGAUUACUUUUCUUUGUUUGACGAAGAGGAAGGUACGAAAUGGCAAAGAAGAGCUUUGAUUGAAGCUCGUGAUGAGAUCAAUCGGAUGAUUGAGCAAUUAACUAAAACCAUCUCAGAAAUGAAAAGAAAUCUCGAGAACAAAGAGACAGUGGACGACAAAAAUGAAGAUGAGAUCGUUAGAAAGCUUGUGGAAUUCUAUGUUUAA